AUGAGUAGUGACAUACAAAAUAUGACUCACUUCUUUGGGUGGAGCUAUUUGGCGGUUGGUGUUAUGGCCAUACUAUCCGGCAUUUCUAAUAUGUUUCAGUCACAACAUAGAUUGCUGUACUCUGCUUGGCUUCCAUUUGAUUGGCACAAUUCGGCAUUAGCAUUUUGCAUUGCAGGCUCUUUUCAAUUACUGGCACUAUUUUUUUGUAUAGCUCAAAAUUUUGCAGAUGAUUCAUUCCCUCCGAUAUCUUUGAGAUUAUUGACAGGACAUUUAAGUUGUUUGGAAUUCCGUGUUUCAACCAUAGGUCAUCGAAGUUUUGAUCAUCCCUACAGAAUAGUGAUGUUGCAACCUUGUAUACAAGAUCAACUGGCCUUAUAUGAAUAUUGCAAACAAAUUGAAAAUAUUAUUUCGAUGCCGUUGUUGAUAUUAUUUACACUGACGGGUCUUAAUACUGGCUUAGCGUUAGCAGCAGUUCUCUUUGUAGCCGAAGGAUUUUUUAAUUACAUGUAUUAUAUUGUUUACUCCUUUGCUGUUCUAUUGCGAAUUUUCCCCGUUUGUUAUUAUGGGAGUCAACUUCAACUAAAAUUUCAGCAAUUACAUAAAGCUGUGUACUUCAGUAAUUGGAUAGAAGAAGAGCGUGCAUUUAAGAAAGAUAUGAUUGUAUUCACUGAACGUACCCUGAAGAUGCAGACUAUAUAUGCUGGUGGAUUAUUUCGUAUUCAUAUGGACACCUUCUUUUCAUGCUGCAAAGCUGCUUAUUCCAUGCUGGCGAUGUUUCUAAAACUAAAAGCUUAA